CUCCGUUGAAAUAUCGUCGCUUCAUCAAAACAUCGAGCAUUCAAACGGAUGUCGCCUCGGUACGAGACAGUCCUCGUCGCCGAAUACCUGAGUCAAGCUGCAUCUCAUAAGCACUAUUCUUUGCAGUAUCGAGUCUCUUCACCAUGAAUAAUCAUCAGCAGGGCGGCGCGGCCGCUAACUACUAUAAUGAUCCUGAGCGCGGGAACCCCUAUGGAUACCAACAACAACAACAAUACGGCCAGCAACAGCAGUAUGAACAACAGCAACAGCAAUAUGGUGCGCCCGCACCCCAGUACUCAGAGAAGCCCAUGUUCGACCAGGCAUUCAAGCUAGAGAGACCCAAGUACAACGAUCUCUGGGCUGGUAUCCUUUUCAUCCUUGUCUGCAUCGGCUUCGUUGCCGUGUCCGGGCUUGCAAUUCACGGCUAUGCGUCUGAGAAAGGCACGUACGGCGAUGGUAUCUAUGACUCCAAUUCCCGUGCUGGAUUAAAUACAAAUACUAUCGUUCUGUUCGCUUUCAUAUUAGCUGUUGCCGUCGUGUUCAGCUAUGGCUACGUGCUUGUGGCGCGAACCUUCCCCCGUGCUUUUAUCUGGGUCACCGGAAUUCUCAACAUCGUCUUCGGUCUAGUCACAGCUAUCUAUAUGCUAUACCGUCAUUACUAUUCAGGUGGCAUCGUAUUUCUGAUCUUCGUUGCGUUCUGGAUCUUCGCCUUCAUUACCUGGAUCCCUCGCAUUCCUUUCAGCGCCCUCAUGCUUAAGACAGCAGUUGAUGUAUCCAAGAGCUAUGGUCACGUAUUUUUAGUGAGCUUCCUAGCUGGAAUACUUGCCACGGCAUUUGCAGCGUACUACUCCGUGACAUUGGUCGCCGUAUAUGCCAAGUACAGCCCUCAAGGAGGCAAUCCCGGUUGUUCGGCUGGAGGCGGUGGAUGCAGCACUGCGAAGGUCACGGGUCUCAUUGUUUUCAUAACAUUUGCAGCUUAUUGGAUAUCGGAGGUUAUCAAGAAUGUUACACAUACGACGAUAUCCGGUGUCUUUGGGUCUUGGUACUUCUUUCACCCUUCACAGCAACCAAGAGGCGUCACCCGAGGAGCCUUCAAACGAUCUGUCACGUACUCUUUUGGAUCUAUCUCUUUGGGCUCCCUACUAGUGGCUAUCAUCAACUUUUUGCGACAGCUUUGCUCAGUUGCUCGUCAAAACGAGAUGGCACAGGGCAAUAUUCUCGGUUCAAUCGCGUUCCUGGUCCUUGGCUGCUUGAUCUCGCUUCUGGAUUGGGCCGUGCAGUUCCUCAACAGAUAUGCAUUUUCUUAUAUUGCUCUGUACGGAAAGCCAUACAUUGCUGCGGCUAAGGAUACGUGGAACAUGAUCAAGCAGCGCGGUAUUGAUGCGCUUAUCAACGAAUGCCUCCUCGGCCCAGUGUUCUCAAUGGGAGCAACGUUUGUUGGAUUUGCUUGCGCUCUAUUGGCGCAUUUAUAUUUGGAAUUCACUAACCCGUCGUACAAUACCAAUGGCGCUUACACACCAGUGGUCGACGCAUUCGCAUUCCUCAUUGGUCUGCAGAUUUGUAACGUAUUCACCACACCUCUGAGCAGUGGAAUCGACACCAUCUUCGUAGCUGCGGCCUGGGAACCAGCCAAGUUGCACCAGAAUCACCCGGAACUAUACGACGCCAUGGUCCGCGUGUAUCCACAUGUGCAGACGGCUAUUCAUGCCUAAGUAGUAGUUAUGCACUCCAUCGUGAUAGCGCGGAUAAGUGCCGAGGAAAAAUUAAUGUCUAAUCGAAAAUGGGAGUUCGUGGGGUCUUGCGUUGCGUUGUGUUUGGGAAAUACUUCUCUCGAGGAUUGGCUUUUACGACAUAGUACCUUGUAAUGAGUAGUGUUACCAUCGAGAUUUCUGUGUUUCCAAUUCGUACUCGGUUGUUCUAGUUGAGGUUUUUUUUUUUUUUUUGGCUCGUCGGCUUGGUCCUAGUGACAUUGAUGG